GUGAGUUGAGGAAGCCGCAGUAUGAGAGAAACAACGUUCUCAUUUAUGAAAUUUUCAAGCUCUUCUCCCAGUAAGAUUUUUAAUACUUCACCCCUUUUAAUAAUGUAAAAAUAAAUGUAAGAUGUGAUGUAAGAUGUAAAAAUAUUUAAAUUUUAAAGCUUAUCAAAUAAAUGUAACUGUAAAUCAUAUUUUAUUUAAUUUAAUCUUUGCCAAAUUAAGAUGAGCAGCACGUGUGCCUUGUCGCCAAUGGUUGGCGAGUUUCCAUGGUAACAAUCACCAAAUCUACAAUUCAGAUGUUUACGAAUCGUCUAUGCUAGAAUUCCACCAUUUAAAAGAGAUAAAAAGGAAGCCUCGCCCGAUUCGAAAUAUGAAAAUAUGCGUUCCAGUUGAAUGAUUAGAUGUGGUAUAAGGGGAGCCAGCUCCAUCAAAGUGAACCACCAGAAUGUCUGAUGAAUAAAAUAAAGUUUCUUAACAUCUAAAUGAACUUUGUGCCCUCUUUAACUCCAUUUCAAAUGCACCUACCCAACCAGUUACGAAACCUGGAGAUCCUUCUGGAACGAAGGAUCAGUGAUGCAUCUUCAUUUCAAAACCAAUACUACUCAACGUCCAAAUCCAAUCGAAAAAAUAAACCAAUCAUAUAUACCGACCUACAACUUGCCUGAUACGCCAUCCAUUCAGUUGUCUGUGCAUUCUCCAUUCUUUCUACCCAGUCCCCACAAUGGUGGAUAUAACUAUCUUGGAGGAAGAUCUUACGAUCUAAGCGUAUCAAUGAAAGUAAAGCAUCUUCUUCCCUCACCGUAUCAAACAAAUUGCACAGAUUACAUGAAAAUAUGGAGGGAGCGAGGUGGAAAGGCGCCAAUUGAACAACUGGCUGUGAUUCAAGAAUGUAUGAUGAAUAUAAGUCUCAUUUCUCAAGGAUGCGUCCCUAAACAUAUUAAAUAUCCUCACAAUUUCAAAAUAUGCAAGGAACAACAAAAAGACACCUCUAACAAUACUUUGAUACACCAGUGUUCACUAUCAGCAGUAAACUACAAUCAACCUUGCGAUUCAAUCUCUUAUUCUGUAACAAAAAUGGAUGAGAAAGAUAUUAAGAGUCCUAUAAUGCAGCUUAAUUUUAUGCAACAAGAUUGUUCAGGCAACAAAGUAUGGCAACCAGAGUGCGGGAUGGUUAAAAUACACAUAUUUUUCGACAGUUUCGAAAUCACCAAUCUGACGUACUAUCCACGAUAUGAGUCUCUGGAAUUGGUCAGUGUAAUUGGAGGAUACUUGGGAGUGUGGCUUGGAGCCUCAUUGGUAGCCGUUUAUGAUUUGAUUGGUGAGUCACUUGUAAGGAUCAUCAACCGUAAAAAGCCUGGAAAGCAUAUUCCAUCGAAAAUCGUGAAGAAGUUUUCAUCAAAGAAGGAAAUAGCAUUUUUGUCUAAAAUACCGAAAGUCUUAUAAACUUCGAAGACGUAUUCAAGUUUACUUACCAAAAGGUUUCAUUAUACCAGUGAUUUUAUUAAUAUGAAAGAU